AUUCCCUUUCGAGAGAUUCAAUUUUUCUCAAAAUGGAGCGGAAAAAGAGGAAGUUGGCCAGCCACCGACGCUUAGACCAGGAGCUGUCCUUCCACCAGAGACUCCUGGGCGGUGUGCAAAAGAGUUUCGGGUCCCCGCUGGCCCUUCAAGCUGAUUCGCCUUUGGAAAAGGAUAAUGCCAUGUCCGACUUGGAGACCUUUAUUAACGUACUAAAGUGUGGCUUUGGCACUGGAUGCUUGGCCAUGCCAAGGGCUUUCAUGUAUUCUGGUUGGUUAGUGGGCCUCGUAAGCACUUUCGUCCUUAGCUCCUUUGUGCUCUAUGCAAUGCAUAUUCUGCUGCGACAUAUCAGUUCAAUGGGAAGUCGGUAUAAUAAUCCAACGAUCAGCUAUCGAAAAACCGUGGAACUGGCCAUCAGCAAUGGACCCCCGAAGAUUCGGUUUCUGAGCAGACCCUUUGGCUAUUUAGUGGAUGUUCUGCUCUGUGCAUAUCACUUUGGCGUGGACUGUGUCUACGUUGUGUUUAUAGCCAAAAGUCUUAAGCAUUUGGGGGAUUUAUAUUUAUGGACCUUGGAUGAAAGGCUCUACAUGGUCUUAAUUGCUUUGCCGUUGAUCCUUACGUUUUUAAUAAGGGAUCUGAAGAGUCUUGUGCCAUUUGCCUUAACGUCCAACAUCCUUCUAUUUUUAGGAUUUUUUAUAAUCUUGAGCUACUUGUUUCGGGGUCUUCCUAAGUUUGAAAAACUCCAUGCCAUUCAGCCACUAACAAACUUUCCACUAUUUUUUGGCACCGUACUUUUUGCCAUCGAAUCGGUUGGAGUGAUCCUUGCCCUUGGCCGCAGUAUGCGAACGCCAGAGGAUUUUCUGGGACCCUGUGGAGUGCUUAAUCGGGGAAUGAUCGUAGUAGUUACCUUUUAUGCGCUCUUUGGAUUUUUUGGUUACUGGCGAUAUGGCCAAGAAACUUCCAACUCGGUUUUACAGAAUCUACCGGAAAACGAAAUUCUCCCCCAGUUGGCAACUGGAAUCUUUGCCCUGGCUAUUUUCUUUAGCUAUGCCCUGCAGGGUUACGUAACUGUGGACAUAAUCUGGCGGAAUUAUCUAGAACCAGCGUUGGAGGACGGAUCCUCCAGGGCGGUGGAGUUCCUCGUACGAAUAGCCUUGGUCAUUGCCUCGGUGCUGGUGGCCAUUCAAUAUCCGGACUUUGGGCUGCUGCUCUCUUUUGUGGGUUCUUUUUGUUUGGCUCAACUUGGUCUGAUCCUGCCGGGAGUCGUGGAUCUCUGCGUUCGCUAUGAGGAGGGCUACGGACCUGGAAGGAUCCUGCUUUUCCGAUCUGUGAUCUUUAUCUUUAUGGGAUUGGCAGGUGGAGUGGCCGGCACUGUGGUCUCCCUGACCACCCUUCAUGCUCGAUACCCAGUCAUAAAGAGAUCGUAG